AUGUCGGACCAGAUGCGGGACGUGACCCGCCAGGAGAACGGCGCCAACGGCAUCGAGCUGCUCAACGCGGACUCGGGGGACUUCGCCGUGCACUGCGACAUGGGCGACCUCGACGGCAGCGACGCCGGGCCGCAAGAGGAGGUGGAGUUCGUGUGCAACGGCGCGAACGUCGACGAGGCGACGAACCGGUUCGACCGCGUCGUGGGCGCGCUGGAGGAGGCUUUGCUGGACGAGGCCGUGUUCCAGGCGCAGGAGGACUUCUCGCGGCAGCACUGCGGGCUCUUCGAGGAGGGCGAGGAGAACCGGCUGGAGUACAUGGACGUGUACGCGCAGUGGAACGCCCUCCUGGAGCGCAUCCUGGAGGAGCGGCUGCAGGGGACGGGCGUGACGAUGCAGGAGGUGAUGGCCGCUAUUUCCGAGCGGGGCGAGGGCGAGCUGGGCGCGGAGGUGUUCGAUUUGCUGCUCAGCAUGGCGGACUUCGAGGCGUUCAAGGCGCUCAUGCUCGACUACAAGGAGCAGGCCAAGUGGGAGGGCAUGGGCCCCAGCGUUGCUGGGAUGCGCGUGCACGAGCAGGAACAGGAGGACGGCGACGCGAGGCCGGACCUGGACCUCCUGCUCGGGAUCACGCCGCUCUGA